CGUUGUCCCGACUGACCGGAUGUGACUCGCAGGGAUCUCCACAGAGCCGCAGCUUCUCGAACUGUGGGCGUUUUUCUUUUUUCUUCCCCCUCGAUCUUGACCAUCUCGACUCCCGACGGUCUUCCUCUCCUUUGCUUUUUUCCUCCUGGGAUCCCGGGGUGCUCCUCUGUCCGCCUCUCAGCUGUCGCUGCUCCGCGGGGGUUGUUGUUGUUGUUGUUGUUGUUGUUGUCGAGAAGGAGGAGAAGCAGCAGACGACGAGUCGAACCGGACGACACGUUUGAACUGCGCGGAGCGCCGUCGACGACGCGUCAGUCUGUUUGCGCCGCACGGGGCUCGACGGGCUUAGGUGAGCCGCUGUUAGCCUGCUAAGCUAACGGAGCUCGAGCGGCCGAGAGAGCGCGACGCGGCCGGGAGCGAUGCAGGCCAUCAAGUGUGUGGUGGUGGGCGACGGGGCUGUGGGUAAAACAUGCCUGCUCAUCAGCUACACUACCAAUGCCUUCCCUGGAGAGUACAUCCCCACGGUCUUCGACAACUACUCUGCCAAUGUGAUGGUUGAUGGGAAACCAGUGAACCUGGGUCUGUGGGACACGGCGGGACAGGAGGACUACGACAGACUCAGACCACUGUCCUACCCACAGACAGAUGUGUUCCUGAUUUGCUUUUCACUCGUCAGUCCGGCUUCCUUUGAAAACGUCCGAGCCAAGUGGUACCCCGAGGUGAGACAUCACUGCCCCAACACACCCAUCAUCCUGGUGGGCACCAAGCUGGACCUGAGAGACGACAAGGACACCAUCGAAAAGCUCAAGGAAAAGAAACUCUCCCCCAUCAUCUACCCUCAGGGCUUGGCAAUGGCAAAAGAAAUAAGUGCGGUGAAGUAUCUGGAGUGCUCAGCUUUGACACAGCGUGGCCUUAAGACGGUGUUUGACGAAGCCAUCAGGGCGGUGCUGUGCCCCCCACCCGUCAAGAAGAAGAGGAGGAAGUGCAAAAUAUUGUAAUGGAGAACCACAGGGGGUUUCAGUCAGAGUCCGCCUACUCGGAGGGAAGAAGAUGAUAUUUGGAUUCCCCCCAGAUAUCUGUUUAGCCCCUUGUGUUCUUGCUUACAUAGGAGCUGUCUGGUCGACCAGUCUUCCAUCUGAGAGAACUUCACAGAUUUAAGCAGCGCUUUUUAUUCAGGUCUGGUUUGUGGUUUCUUAAAUCUGUAAUGUCCUUUCAGAUUGACAGGAAUUAAGUAAUUUUGCUAAGGCCUUGGGGAUUGUGAGGGUGGGGCUUUUGAUUUGGGGUCUGGGAUUGAUUAACAAAGUGAGGAUUUUUACAAAAAAAAGAAGAAAACACUCAUGUCAUUUCUCUCUGACAUUGUGAAGAAACACUACUUGAAGGUGAAUUUAUAAUGAAAUUGCCGUAGAUUUAACUCUAAUACAGAAGGGUGUCUUGCACUGCGCUCUUUCCCUUACACAAGAGAUUCCUGCUGCCUUGAUGAAUUUUCCCAGGUUUUUUUUAGAAGCUCAAAUUUCUCCUCUUUUCAUAGCCAGCUGUGACAGCUGUUUGACGGACCGUUUUUAUUUCAUUUUACAUGUGUCAUCUGAAGGAACUGAGGCGCUGCCAAAACUCGGUCAGCGGUCCUAGUCUCUCCAUCAACUCUAAAAUAAUGCUUUUUCUUCCUUUUUACUUUUAUUAUAACCUUCCAUCAAUGCAGUUAUGAAGAAGCGGUUUAACCCUUAAAUCAUAUAAUGGACUCAUAACGUGUCGUAGCAGCUGCUCUGCAGAUUUAAGUAAUAAUUAAAACACAGUGUCUGAUAGAUACUUAACAGGUAGUUCUCUUGUUUUGUUCCUGAAAGCUUCCUAGAUGAAUCUGCCGCUCUCUUCGCACUACGUGUAAAGUGAACACAGUGUUUAAUGACUGAUUGUCGGGGCAUGUGAAGGUGCAGCGCAGCCACAGUUGUUGUGCUGGCUCAUAUUGUAUUUAUCUGUAAAGGUUAUUAUACCCACCAUUUCAAGUUUUCACUAAAUUCUUGCCACGAAAGUGCUUUGGAUUUUGAGGCAUUUCAUUCAGUACGGGAUGCUCAUAUUGCUGUCAUAAUGGUGUGUAACCAUGUCAUUCUGAUCCCAUCUAUUACUGCUUUAUGAAGUCUAUGAGCCAGUGUAUCAGCACCCGGGGGCUGUAACUCAUUUUACUGUCUUUAGUGUACGAUAUGACCAUGAGCAGUAACUGUUCAGCAGGUGAAUUUAAUUUUGAAACGAGCAGUGAUCAAAUUGUAUAGUAGCUUUAAUUACAUAACCACUCUAAAUCUGGAGUCAUUGUAUCAGUGUUUCAAUGGCACAGAGGAAGUGCAAACUUUUCAUAUAGUUAUAUGCUGAUUUUUUUUUUUUAAGCAAAUAAAUCCUUUGAAAAAAACUC